GGGGGCGGGGUCAGAACACUGGCGGCCGAUCCCAACGAGGCUCCCUGGAGCCCGACGCAGAGCAGCGCCCUGGCCGGGCCAAGCAGGAGCCGGCAUCAUGGAUUCCUUCAAAGUAGUGCUGGAGGGGCCAGCACCUUGGGGCUUCCGGCUGCAAGGGGGCAAGGACUUCAAUGUGCCCCUCUCCAUUUCCCGGCUCACUCCUGGGGGCAAAGCGGCGCAGGCCGGAGUGGCCGUGGGUGACUGGGUGCUGAGCAUCAAUGGCGAGAAUGCGGGUAGCCUCACACACAUCGAAGCUCAGAACAAGAUCCGGGCCUGCGGGGAGCGCCUCAGCCUGGGCCUCAGCAGGGCCCAGCCGGUUCAGAGCAAACCGCAGAAGGCCCCCACCCUACCCUGCCCGCCCGCCCUGCCCGGCUGUGUCUCUGCCCAGGCCUCCGCCCCCGCCGCGGACCCUCCGCGGUACACCUUUGCACCCAGCGUCUCCCUCAACAAGACGGCCCGGCCCUUUGGGGCGCCCCCGCCCGCUGACAGCGCCCCGCAGCAGAAUGGACAGCCGCUCCGACCGCUGGUCCCAGACGCCAGCAAGCAGCGGCUGAUGGAGAACACAGAGGACUGGCGGCCGCGGCCGGGGACAGGCCAGUCGCGUUCCUUCCGCAUCCUUGCCCACCUCACAGGCACCGAGUUCAUGCAAGACCCGGAUGAGGAGCACCUGAAGAAAUCAAGAGACCGCACACCAGCUAACUGGACGUUGCUAGGAGAAGCUGCCCUUCCCAUCCCUACCCCAGUGGGACCUGGAAUCCAACUCGGCAGUUUCCACGCCCCCAGGCAUCUCCCGUGGGGCCAGCAGGACCCAGGUUGGGGGGUGGGGCCAUGUCAGGAAGCUCAGCCAUGCAGGGCCUUGAAUGGCAGAUCUUGCAGCCAGGUGCCCAGGACAGAAGCCCCAGCCCCAGCCUCAUCUACAUCCCAGGAACCCUGGCCUGGCCCUACCGCCCCCAGCCCUACCAGCCGCCCGCCCUGGGCUGUGGACCCUGCGUUUGCCGAGCGCUAUGCCCCGGACAAAACAAGCACAGUGCUGACCCGGCACAGCCAGCCAGCCACGCCCACGCCGCUGCAGAGCCGCACCUCCAUUGUGCAGGCAGCUGCUGGAGGGGUGCCAGGAGGGGGCAGCAACAACGGCAAGACUCCCGUGUGUCACCAGUGCCACAAGGUCAUCCGGGGCCGCUACCUGGUGGCGCUGGGCCACGCGUACCACCCGGAGGAGUUUGUGUGUAGCCAGUGUGGGAAGGUCCUGGAAGAGGGUGGCUUCUUUGAGGAGAAGGGCGCCAUCUUCUGCCCACCAUGCUAUGACGUGCGCUAUGCACCCAGCUGCGCCAAGUGCAAGAAGAAGAUUACAGGCGAGAUCAUGCACGCCCUGAAGAUGACCUGGCACGUGCACUGCUUUACCUGUGCUGCCUGCAAGACGCCCAUCCGGAACAGGGCCUUCUACAUGGAGGAGGGCGUGCCUUAUUGCGAGCGAGACUAUGAGAAGAUGUUUGGCACGAAAUGCCAUGGCUGUGACUUCAAGAUCGACGCUGGGGACCGCUUCCUGGAGGCCCUGGGCUUCAGCUGGCAUGACACCUGCUUCGUCUGUGCGAUAUGUCAGAUCAACCUGGAAGGAAAGACCUUCUACUCCAAGAAGGACAGGCCUCUCUGCAAGAGCCAUGCCUUCUCUCAUGUGUGAGCCCCUUCUGCCCACAGCUGCCGCGGUGGCCCCUAGCCUGAGGGGCCUGGAGUCGUGGCCCUGCAUUUCUGGGUAGGGCUGGCAAUGGUUGCCUUAACCCUGGCUCCUGGCCCGAGCCUGGGGUUCCCUGGGCCCUGCCCCACCCCCCUUAUCCUCCCACCCCACUCCCUCCACCACCACAGCACACCGGUGCUGGCCACACCGGCCCCCUUUCACCUCCAGUGCCACAAUAAACCUGUACCCAGCUGUG